UGUAGAACAAUGGAGGUGUCCCACUCGCUCACCUUGAAUGAAGCUGCCUUGCAGCAGCUUCCUGAUGAUAAGAAGCCCCACUUCAUAUUCGAGUGGCUUCGUUUCCUUGAUAAGGUUCUUGUGGCUGCACAUAAGUCCGACAUCAAAAGCUGUCAGCAGAAAUUAGUGGCUCAACUACUCAAUCUUCUGCGUGAGUCAUUGGGUGCUCCCGCUCGACGGUUGCUGGCCAGAUGUCUUGCCACCCUGUUUUCAGUUGGCGAUACAUUUCUACUGUUUGAUACAGUCAACAAGUGUAAUGAUAUCAUCAAAGUGAAAGAUGACUCACCAUCAUAUUUGCCAACAAGACUUGCUGCAAUCUGCUGCCUGGGAAGCAUGUAUGAAAAGCUUGGCAGAAUGAUGGGCAGAUCCUAUGAAGAGACAGUGACUACCCUAGUUCGUUCUCUCAAGAGUGCAGAAUCUCAAACUAGGCUGGAGAUUAUGAACACAUUAGAAAAGAUCUGCGUGGGUAUGGGCGGGGCCGCCGGUGGUGCUUUGCGCGAAGUAUGGCGCGCGGCCCGGGGAGCCCUAGUGUCGGAGCGGUCGUCGGCGGUGCGGGCCGGGGCUGCGAGGGCCCUCUGCAAGCUGUUGCCGCUUGUACGUCUGACCCCGGCUGAUUUGGAUGCGUUGGCUGCGGCUUGCUUGCGCGCCGCUCAUCCUAGUGACUAUGCUUUAAGGUGUGCUAUUGCAGAGCUUCUCGGCAGUCUCAUUGCUCAAACACAAGCGGGAGAAGACCCUAAUCUCAACAGUAAACUAAAAGCAGGAGCUCAAUCAGUUCAACAAAAGAAGGAUCCUCCAAAGAAUGUUGUGUCGCUCGACGAAGCCCUAAACCUCCUAAUGGGUGCGUUCCUAAGAGGGGGCACUUCUUUCCUCAAAGGGGAGAUCAUAAAGUCUGGCUCAGGCGUCAACAGGGAGGUCCGAGUGUGCGUCACGCAUGCUUACGUGAUAUUCGUGCAAAACAUGGGCGGAGUGUGGCUUGAACGCAAUAUGACCACGUUUCUGACGCACGUGUUGGACCUUGUGGCCAAUCCCAAGGCGGCCAGUUCUCACGUCGACGCUGUUUAUUCCAGGAAGUGCAUAAACUACAUUCUGCGCAACACGCUCGGCAAAAUGUUGGGCGAGAAGGCGCAAGCGUCUGCGUGUCGCGAGAUCAUACAGAUCGUCGUCAAGCAGAUGAACAGCAUCGACUUCAACCCGGAGAACGCUAAGGAUUGCAAUCAGGAAACCCUAUUCAGCCAACACUUAUUAGUAUGUGCGCUGACAGAAGCUGGCGAGUUGGCCUUACAGCUGGGGACUUCAGUACAGAACUUGAUCAAUGACACCUCCCUCAAUAUGGUCAACGCCAUCUUCUCCGUGUUAGAGCACCCUUGCGCCGCGGCCCGUUUAGCAACCGCUCGCUGCGCGCGUUGCGUGUGCGUCGCGUUGCCGUCGCAGCUGACGCCGCUGCUGGACGCGUGCUGCACCGCGCUGGACAACGCGCGCCCCACGCCGCACCACAUCGCCGGUUAUUCAGCGGCUCUAGCGGCUAUCUUAGGCGCUGUCCGUCUAUCCCCCCUGGGUAUUCCACACGGGCGGGGUAAAGUGGCAUUUAACGCUGCAGAACAGCUCCUAAGAUCUGCCGGCCAAAGCAGUAGAUUAACCGCCGCCAGGACUAAUGCUGGGUGGCUUAUAGUCGGGGCUAUUUGCACGUUAGGAGUGCCAGUAGUGCGAGGACUUUUACCAAGAAUGUUGCUGCUGUGGAGGAAUAGUUUUCCACGCUCGGCCAAAGAGUUGGAAUCCGAAAAGGCUCGCGGAGAUGCGUUCACUUGGCAGGUGACAUUGGAAGGGCGAGCGGGGGCAUUGUCAGCGCUGCACAGUUUGUUGAUACACUGUCCGUCUCUCGUGAACAGUGACGACACGGCAAAACGACUGUCGCAGCCAAUCGACGGGGCUAUCGCUGUUCUCACUAAUGUGGGCGGCGUGGUCCGCAACUACGGCGGCGCUUUGAAGGCGCCGGCGGCGUUGCUGCGCUUGCGUCUGUACCAAGCGGGCUGCGCGCUCAGCUGGCAACAGGGCCCGCCGCCGCCGCCCGCCGCGCCGUUGUUGAGACUACUCGCCGCCGAGAUAGCGGGCUCGGCUGACCCGAGCGGCGCUACUGUUGCUACAGGUCUUCUGAUGUCAUCGAUGCAUCCACGAGAUUCUAUACUGCUAGGUGAAGAAUGCUGGAUCUAUGAUACAGAUCAUGCUGAAAUUGAAGAACAGCUCAUAUCGCCGCUGAGCGCCCGCGGCUCUGGCGCGCUGGAACACGACCCGUGCUGCGUGUACCGAGCGGCGGUGCCGGCCACACCUGCAGCUGCCGCCGCUUCCGGUACCGCGGCCCAACCGCUUGGAGUGGCAGUUAUAGACGCUGCAGUGGCACUGUUCCCGCUUAUAUUCGCUAGAGCCGCGAAUAAACACAGACAGCAAAUGCUAGAGCAUUUCGCGGAAUGCAUCAAGAUGUCCAAAGGCCCUAGACAAGAGGCGAUACAGAUCAACGUGUACACCGCCCUACUGCUGGCGCUGCGAACGUUGGCCGAGCAGAAGUGCUCGCUCGGCCAGGACCCGGUGAAGGCAGUUGCUACGGAACUCAUUGUGAAUGGCUUAUCGGCAUCAAGCGCAACAGUUCGCGCUGCAGCUGCUUCCUGCGCCGGCCGCCUUUGCGGUUGCAUCACUGAAGCUGAAAGCCAAUCGCUAAGCGAACGCGUGCUCGUUCUAGCGAGAACAGCGGCCGCUAGACCCACGCGGGCGGCCGCUGCAGCCGCUGUGGGGGCCGUGCAGCGGGCUAGGGGCACCGCGUCUAGCGCUGCAGCGCUGCCCGUGCUGCGAGCGCUGGCUCAAGACAGCGCCAGCGUUGAAGUACAGGUUUGGUCCGUACACGCGCUAUCAGUGCUAGCCGACGCAUCGGGCCCUAUGUUCCGCUCCCACGUGGAGUCCACGUUGAAUCUCGCUCUGAAGUUGCUAUUCACGACCCCACCUUACUUGGAGGACUUACAUAGAAGCAUUGGAAGAUUGUUGUCAGCUUUGAUCACCGUCGUGGGACCGGAGUUGCAAGUGUGCGCAGUGAGCCGAUUCGUAUGCGCUUGCGCGGCCCUAAGCGAAGGCAGCACCGGUGGAGGUGGGACAGCUCGGGCCGAAGCUGCGGGAGGGCUGCAGCAGCUGCAAAUGUUCGCGCCCGACCACAUCAGUCUACAUACUAUCGUGCCGCAGCUGUGCCGGGAUCUCUCAAGCUCAGAGUUGGCGGUGCGUCGCGCGGCUUUGUGCUGUCUCCGCCAGCUGUCGCAGAAGGAAGCGGCGGAGGUGUGCAAAUACGCCAUGCUGGCGAAGGACCAUGUACCCACCAGGCCUUACAGCGGCGUAGUGAUAACCGACACCGGUCUCCCGGGCGCCUUAUUCGCGUACUUGGACAUUGAGCGGGAUAUGACCGCGAUAUCGUACGCGCGGGACACUUUGACGUGCUGCCUUUUAGCCGCCGCCGCCGCCGCCUCGCCUGCGGUUCGAGACUGGCUGCUGCUGUGCCGACGUGUGCUGUGCGUGCGACUAGAAGACAACAACAAUCCAGAUACAGAUUUGGACGCAGAAGGCGACGACGACCAGGCGGAGUUCCACGCGGAGUCCGAGCAAUCCACUCACCCCGCAGUGCAGUCCAGGUGGCCGACUAGGGUGUUUGCUAUGGAAUGCAUUCAGAAGUUGAUGAGCGCUUGCGAAGCGACUGGCGACAUCGCCCACUUCGAUCUCAUCAAAGCUAAGGAGAAAUUGCAAACUGACACAAAUGGCGAGUAUCUGUCGUUGCACCUAUCGGAACUCAUACGCAUGUCGUUUGUUGGCGCGACCGGUGAAUCGGACGCGUUGCGACUGACGGGAUUGCGUACAUUGCAACAUAUCAUAAGGGCGUAUGCGCGUGCGCCAGAGCCUGACUUCCCGGGACAUUUACUGCUUGAACAGUAUCAAGCGCAGGUGGGUGCAGCAGUGCGAGCGGCGUUUGCCGGUGAAACGGCUUCGCACGUGACGGCGGCCGCUUGCGACGUGUGCUCCGCCUGGAUCGGAUGCGGAGUAGCUCGAGACAUCAACGAUCUACGAAGAGUGCAUCAACUACUCGUGUCAAGUUUGGAUAAGUUGAACACGAAAGGGAACACAACUUUAGUGUACAACGAGAGUAUGGCCACGCUCGAGAAGUUGUCUAUCUUAAAAGCUUGGGCAGAGGUAUACAUAGUAGCUAUGGUAAGCAACGGCAGCGCGCCCGGCAGCUACGUAAAACAACUGGACACUAAACCAUUCAAUGUCAAAGCUGAACUAGCCAAAUGGCGGAACACUUUACUGCAAAACAACAACCAGAUCGAUAACUCUGAGCAUGAAGCCGGAGACGAUGAGUACGGCGAGUUUGAGUCGAAAGGGGAAUGUUUGCUUAAAUUGGUUGAACCGGAAUUGGAGAGUUUGGGCGAGAAUUGGUUGGCUGCCUUGAAGGAUCAUGCGUUGCUGAGCUUACCUCCAGAAUUCGCCUCCCAAUUGCCUCACGGAGGCGGCGCUUUCUACAGCGCUGAAACGGCCGAAGCUUCUCGAGCCCACUAUGCCCACGCGUGGCCUGCAUUACUACUGGCUGCUGCAUUAAGAUAUAAUGCCCACACUGCCCACAACUCUGAUACCCAACCAGACGACAAAACCGACAAUGUAGACAACAAACCUGCAAAAACUGAGAAUGGGAAUUUUGAAUUCUUCGAACCUGUUGACGAGAGAUUCCAUUUAUUGUUUGGAAUAUGCAUGGAAGCCUUAUGCGCACAAAGGGAUAUGAGCAUUGAAAAUACGAUCUCUGUACUCUUAUCAUUAGUUACAUUAUUGGAUGCCCCCGAAAAUAGGGCUCGGCUACUAAAAGACAGAGCAUUAGCCAUUGAAUUGUGCCAAAUUAUUCAUCGAGCAGGUCUCACUCAAGAAAGUAUAGAAGCCCUGUUACUUGCCGCCGAUGUUCUCAAACUUAUUAUAGAUGGUGCUAGGGAGCAACUUCAUGCCAAUAUGCAGUCUAAGAUCAAAGAAUUGGCUCCAAACGAAGCAUCUGACGGCGCCAUACCCCAAUCAGUACUUGAAGUGGUUCACACAUUAGGUGAAGGGGGCCCCACUGGCGACUUACCCCCUGGAAAAUCGCUAGUUUUCGCAGCGUUAGAACUAUGCGUUUGUUUAUUAGUCAGGCGAUUACCAUCCCUUAGCCCUAUGAAGCAAGGCGGUAAUGUGGGGGUGAUUGGGGUCCCUAGAGGAUUGGGGGUGCAUGGAGACACUUUGUUGGUGAAAAGCUUGGCCGCUAUGGCGGAAUUGCCCACGUUGUGCAGUCCACAGGGUGCAUUAUCCGUGCUACCAACAAUACUAUAUCUAGGCACAGCGAUUCUCAAAGAGUGCAAAGGCGACGGCGUAGUCUCAGAAGCGGGAGUUCUUCUACUACAACAAGCUAGUGAAUGUCGCGCUGCCAGACUUACUGAAGAUACUAGGACACAACAUACGGCUUUAUUACACGCUACGCUAGCUGAACUCGUUGAUGCGGUGAAAAGCGAUGAGCCCGACCAACGCAUCGAAUCAGUGGUAGGAGCUCGGGCUAUGGCGGUAUUAUUGAACAAAGCAAAUCCCGCGCCGCCCUUACACUACCCCUGCAUCAACCACUUCAGACAGUGUCUGGAAACCUCUGAUAACGAGGUGUUCGCGUCAUGCGUGUCAGUGCUACGCAGCGUAUGGGGCAGCGGCACCUGCGCGGGGUGGUGGGCGCGAGCGCUGGCCAGCAGAGUGAUGGCGCGCGCCGUCUCCGCCAGGCACCCCGCCGACAUGACGCACACUAAGGCUGCCGUGUGUGCUCUCACCGCGCUCACAGACCUGGUGGGCGCCGCGCCUGAACACGCGCGUAUUCAACUACUCUGGGUCCUGGUUCCGAUAGUGAUGUCGUACCUUCGUGAAGGCAAUGAGCUACCUCGAGCUCCUCCACACGUGCGUUCACUCCACGACUUCGCGUUGCAAUGGCUCAACCGCAUCGGGCCGAAAUACCCACAGGAGUUCAAACAAAUGAUGCAAUCCCAAGAAUUACGCUUACGUCUCGAGAGCGCCGUGAAGGCUUCGCAAGCGGCCCGGGCUGCUAGGACCGCGGCCCCAAGACCCAUCCUGACUCGGCCCGCUCGGCCCACCAUUCAACUGCGCACGGACUUCAGUGACUUUAGAUAA